GUCACAUGAUCAGGGGCUGCUGCUCUCGGCUCAUCUGCUCAGUGUAGAGAUAAAUGAUGUCAGAGGACGGUGACUAUGACUGUACCAGGAGAUCAGAGGAGAAUCUUAUAUCUUCAGAUUAUAAAGCAGAUGAUGAUAUCACACAAGAUACAUAUGAAGAACAUUCCAUUAUCCCAGAUACACCCUCAGCCCUUCACAGCCAAGAUCUGUCAUCUCAUCCUGUUAUACAAGUCCGACCUAAAGAUUCAUCUCAGUCUGUUAAACAAAAUAAAAGCUACAGAAAGAAUAUUGGACAUCAAAAAGCAAAUGCAUGGAAAAGGUCAUUGUCAUGGCCAGAAUGUGGGAAAUGUCUUACUUAUAAGUCACAACUUGCUAGACAUCUAAGAAUUCACACAGGGGAGAAGCCAUUUUCAUGUUCAGAAUGUGGAAAAUGUUUUGCUGAAAAUGUUAAUCUUGUUCAAUAUCAAAAAACUCACACAUAGGAAAAUCUGUUUUCAUGCCCAGAAUGUGGGAAAUGUUUUACUCAGAAAUCACAUCUUGUUCAUCAUCAAAACGCUCACACAGGGGUGAAGCCAUUUUUAUGCCUAGAAUGUGGAAAAUGUUUUACUAGAAAAGCAUUUCUUAUUAUACAUCAGAAAUUUCACACAGGAGAGAAGCCAUUUUCAUGUGUAGAAUGUGGGAAAUGUUUUACUCAGAAACCACAUCUUGUUCAACAUCAAAAAACUCACACAGGAGAGAAGCCAUUUUCAUGUCCGGAAUGUGGGAAAUAUUUUUCUCAGAAAUCAGAGCUUGUCAAACAUCAAAUAAUUCACACAGAGGAGAAGCUAUAUUCAUGUUUAGAAUGUGGGAAAUGUUUUACUCAGAAAUCAUAUCUUGUUCAUCAUCAAAACACUCACACAGGGGUGACGCCAUUUGUAUGACCAGAAUGUGGGAAAUGUUUUACUGCAAAUUCUAGUCUUGUUGACCAUCUACGAAUUUGCACAGGAGAGAAACCAUUCUUAUGCCAAGAAUGUUGAAAACGUUUUACUAAGAAAUCAAGUUUUAUUACACAUCAAAAAGUUUACAUAGGGACGAAGACAUUUUCAUGUUCAGAAUGUGGGAAAUGUUUUUCUCAGAAAUAAUAUUUUGUCAUACAUCAAAGAAUUCACACAGGGGAGAAGCCAUAUUCAUGUUUAGAAUGUGGGAAAUGUUUUACUCAGAAAUCAGAUCUUGUUCAUCAUCAAAACGCUCAUACAGGGGUGAAGCCAUUUGUAUGCCUAGAAUGUGGAAAAUGUUUUGCUAGAAAAGCAUUUCUUAUUAUACAUCAGAAAUUUCACACAGGAGAAAAGCCAUUUUCAUGUGUAGAAUAUGGGAAAUGUUUUACUCAGAAACCAAACCUUGUUCAACUCCAAAAAACACACAGGAGAGAAGCCAUUUUCAUGUUCAGAAUGUGGAAAAUAUUUUACUCAGAAAUCAAAUCUUGUUCAACAUUAAAAAAAACACACAGGAGAGAAGCCAUUUUCAUGUUCAAAAUGUGGAAAAUGUUUUGCUCAAAAAUCUUAUCGUGUUAAACAUCAAAAAACUCACUCAGGGGAGAAGCCAUAUUCAUGUCCGGAAUGUGGGAAAUGUUUUACUACAAAAUCAGUUCUUAUUAAACAUCAAAAAGUUCACAUAUGAUUUUCAUGUGUAUAGUAUGGAAAAACUUAGUUUUAGAAACCAGAUCUUAUUGAACAUCAAAAAAAACAAAAACUCACAGGGGACAGAAGCCAUUUUCAUGUUCACAAUGCAGAAAUGUCUUACCCCAAAACCAAGUUUUGUUACAAAUCACAGAAUUCACAUGUGGAGAAGCCAUUUUUAUGCCUAGAAUGUGGGAAAUGUUUUACAUGGAAAUGAAAACUUAUGAAAAAGUUCACACAGGAUAGAAAACAAUUUAUAUCACUAAAUGAUGUUUAAAAAAUAUCUAACAUUACCACCAAUUGUCUGGUAUCUAAAAAGCGAAUAAAAUCCAGAUAACACAUCUAUGUAUUAUCCAUGAGUAUAGAAUAGUUGGUGUAUAUAUAAAGUAUGCAAAGUUUCUCAUCACACCACCAUCUCAGGUAGUGCGCCCUCUGAUCAAC